CUCCCUUGGAUCGCGCGGUCCAGGCUGCCCGAGGCCUGGUCAGGCUCCUAGGGGGCCAGGAGGGGGUUAAAGCUAACCCCUCCUCCUCCCGUCUGACAUCACUGGAAGAGGGUGAGAGGCUGGGAGCUGUGUGUGUGUGAGAAAGAGAGAGUGUGUGUUCGUGCUGGAUGUGGGCUACAUUGUUGCAGCUCGCGGGAGGAAGGCUGAGAGGGAAAGACAGAGAGGGAAGGAGGGGGACUCUCUCCUUUCGGAUGCUGCGAGAAGCCCUCGAGGUAGUCCAGUCACCUCGCAGCGCUGUAGGAUCCUGGGCCCCGGAGCCCGCCUGGAGCCCACACUCGGAGGACCCUGGCCAGCCAUGGAUGCCUGCAACUUGGAGCGAACGGGGACUGUUUGAUUGAUUGUGCCGAGCACCCCUCCUUUUGCUCCCAGAGACCCCGAAGAUCAAGAGGCAGACUGCACUUGGGCUCCGGGAACCAGAGGAGCCCAAAGCUGCGCGGGGCGGGGGGGGGAGGGAGUUCCCUCCUGCCCCAGCCGGGGGCUGCGUGGAAGAGAAGGGAGAGAAGGGCGGGGAGGGGCGGAAGAGGGAAAGGAGAAGACGGGGCAUGACUCGUUUAACUUGCGGCGGGCAUCUGUCGAGGCUCUGAGCCGGCUGCCCUGGGGGGCCGGUUUGUGCCUGCGACCUGGGCACCCCUGCUGUAUCAGAUCCCGAGUUGACAUACUGCAGAGAGCUGACCUGGAUACUCGGAGUGCCGGCCACCCAAUAUUGAUCCCUGCUCGUCUUUGGGGAUCGUUUCGGGAGAGGGAGGAGAGCUCUCCUCGGACCCCCUCUCCCAGGACCUACAGCCCCCCAAUGGCUCGGAUGGGGCAUGCGGUCGUCUCUGGCUGUCGGUGGGCUGUCGCUCUUAGCUUGGCCACUCUUUUCCUCCCAGGUCUGCAGGCCCAAGUGGUCCAGGUAAAUGACACUGUAUCAGGCUUCAUCGGCACAGAUGUGGUACUCCACUGUAGCUUUUCUAACCCCCUACCCACGGUGAGGAUCACCCAGAUGACAUGGCAAAAAUCCACCAAUGGCUCCAAGCAGAAUGUGGCCAUCUACAAUCCAAAUAUGGGAGUCUCAGUGCUGCCUCCCUACCGAGAGCGUGUGACCUUUCUCCAGCCAUCCUUCACUGAUGGUACCAUCCGGCUCUCCCGUCUCCAGCUGGAGGAUGAGGGUGUCUACAUCUGCGAGUUUGCUACUUUCCCCACAGGGAACAGGGAGAGCCAGCUCAACCUCACUGUUCUAGCCAAACCAACAAACUGGAUGGAAGGUACAAAGAAAACCCUGACAGCCAGGACUGGACAGACAGAAAAGGUCCUGGUGGCCACUUGUACCUCCGCCAAUGGGAAACCACCUAGUACUGUUUCAUGGGACACCCGGCUGAAGGGUGAAGCUGAAUUCCAGGAGAUCCGGCACCCCAAUGGCACAGUGACAGUUAUCAGCCGAUACCGCCUAGUGCCCAGUCGAGAAGCACAUCGGCAGCCUUUGGCUUGUGUUGUCAACUACCAACUGGACCGGUUCAGUGAGAGUGUCACCCUCAAUGUGCAGUAUGAACCUGAGGUGACCAUUGAGGGCUUUGAUGGAAACUGGUACCUGAAACGAAUGGAUGUGAAACUCACUUGCCAGUGUGAUGCCAACCCUCCAGUCACCCAUUACCAAUGGAAACUGUUGAAUGGCACUCUCCCCUCAAGUAUGGACACCCAAAACAAGACCCUGUUCUUUAAGGGGCCUGUGACCUAUAGUUUGUCUGGGACCUACAUAUGUGAAGCUACCAAUCCCAUUGGCACACGUUCAGGCAUGGUAGAGGUCAAUAUUACAGAGUUUCCCUACACCCCGUCUCCAACCGAACACGACAAGCGAUCUGGGUCCGGCGUCCCCACGCCCAUCAUUGGGGGCGUGGUGGGGGGCAUCAUCCUGGUGCUGUUUGUGGCGUUGGUGCUUGUGGUCUACUUCCGCCGGCGCCGGCACACCUUCAAGGGGGACUACAGUACCAAGAAGCAUGUCUACGGCAAUGGCUAUAGCAAGGCGGGGAUUCCACAACACCACCCACCCAUGGCCCAGAACCUCCAGUACCCCGACGACUCAGAUGAUGAGAAGAAGGCUGGGCCGCUGGGGGGGAGCAGCUAUGAGGAAGAAGAGGAGGAAGUGGGUGGGGGUGAGAGGAAGGUGGGGCCCCCACACCCCAAGUUUGAUGAGGACGUCAAGCGACCCUACUUUACCGUGGACGAGGCUGAGGCCCGAUCUGACGGUUAUGGGGACCGGACUCUUGGCUAUCAGUAUGACCCUGAGCAGCUGGACUUGGCUGAGAACAUGGUUUCUCAGAAUGACGGGUCUUUCAUUUCCAAGAAAGAGUGGUACGUGUAGCCCCAGCUCUAUGCCCACUCCCUUCCCCCCUCACCCGCACGACCCCAGCCCCCAAGUCCCCGAGGAGCUCAGCAGAGACUCAAGUGCCCCACCCUGAAGCCCCCCCUACACUCUCGAGGUACACGGGGAGAGGGAUCAAGCUGGGGCAGGGGGCUACUUUAUUUUUUAUCUCUUUCCUGGAUGACUGCCUUCCGCUCCCUGCCCCCUCCUUUGCCCCUUCCUCCCACUUCCUGUGGUGUUGUGUUCGACUGUGGCUUUGGUGUUCCUGUACUUUCCUUUGACUACUAUCUGCCCCGUGUAUAUGGAGCCUGUUCAUGUCUUGUUGUGUUUCUUGACCCUGGGAUAUGAGGGGGCAAUGGUACCCAGCUAUCUCCCCUCCCCCCUCAUCCCUGUCCCCAAACACUGGAAUUUGUUUAUAUGUUGUCCUCUUUUUUUUUUUCUUUAUAGAGGGGGAGGGCUCCCCUGGAAGAAGCCCGACCCACCUCUCCUUCCCCAAUGCUAUUCCCUUUUCCUAGGUUGGGUGAACCUAGGGCCACCUUCCUCUUUCAACCGACCAUGAUUUAGCUAGAGUGAGUGGACAAUUAUAGACCACCCUGACUCAUCCCAGAUGGAAGGGAUGAAGGAUUAGAGGAAGCAAAGUGAUGGGAUUGGACAGUUGCCUCCAAGGAUACCGUUUAAAUAAGAAAAAUAUGGGUUGUUGACUGAUAAUGUAAUGCCUGCACUGGUCACAGUAUAUUUUGCAUUUUUUUUCCUCAUUGCCUAACAGAAGGUUAGGUUGGCCAUGAUUUGAUUGCUCUCUAAAGACUCCAGCGCUCGCACAUGCACGCGCACGUGCACGCGCGCACACACACACACACACACCUGUUCUCUCUUUUUCUCCCCAAUGACUCUAGAGAGGGUUCUUACUCAUCCUACUAGCUUUUACCAACAUGUUUAUGUGUACACACACACACACACACACACACACACACACACACACACACACAAAAUAUAUGCCUACCCUUGUGAUUUCUUCUCUGGCGUCCCCCGUCCUUUACAGGAGCACCAUAUCUAUUACCCUUAGCCAUGAGCUUCACUCCAGGUAGACGAUGACCAGGGUGUGGCCACUUCUCUUCCCCACCCCCAAUCCAGAGUAUCUUCCCUCCAGGAAACUGGGGAUCAUCCCUGGCUGAGUGAGUUGGGGAAAGGAGCCUGUCAAAGAAAAACUAAGAUCUGAACAUGAUCAGAUCAGAUAUGGGGCCACCUGUCUAGACCAGUCUACAUUCAAAUUCCAAGACCUUUGUUUCUUAGUCCCAGCCCAUCCUGCAGUCUAAGGUGCUGAUAGUUCCUUGGUUUUCUGUCUUUCUGUCUCCAUACACAGCCAAACCCAACUCUGCUCCCCAGAUCUGCAGAGGAGGCGGCCCCACAGGCUUUCAGUAUAGAAUGAAAUUAUUUAGGGAGUUAAAGGUGAAGAAAUGGGGGGUGUGAGUGUGUGUGUGUGGUGUGUGUGUGUAGGGAGGGGAAAAAAGAGUUGAUAACUGACUUGGGGCACUGUAUAAAACUCUGGAGAGUACAGAUUGAUGAUAUACCGUAUUCGAGUCAAUACUAAUGAAGUGACAAAGUUUAAUGAAAAGGGGAAGGGGGCAGAUGGAUCCCUGAGUUCAAGCCCUGGAGAGUUCCUCUUCUGUUGUACCGCCUCCACUAUCCUUCCUGCCCUCCUCAGAUUUCAUCCUGUCCUUCUACCAAAGGAGGACCAUGGAGAAGGCAUCCAGAUUAAUGCACGGCCCUUCUUGGCCCCUGGCUCCCUGGUUUCCCUACCUGUAAAUGGAAAGAGAGAAAGACAGAGGGAAUUCCCUCCUUCCUCUGUCUCCCUCCAAGUUCAAAGUGCCUCAAUACAGCUUUCCCUCUCCCUAAUCCCAGUGCCCUGUCCUUAAAUUUGAGGUGAGUGAGCACGGGAAGAGAAAACUCAGGAGGGACUUGACUCUUCCCCCUUUGCUUCUGACAGUGAAGUCCCUUCCCACAAAGAGCACCAGAGAUAGGUGUCAGGGAGGGAGGAUUGAAAAUGCUGUCUGACCAACAAUUCCCACUCCUGCUCAGAGUUCUGGGUCCCACUUGAUCCAACUAAGGGCCAUAACUAGAGAGAGAGUGUUUCUAUGGAAUGAUAGGCAAUUGUUUGGGGUGGGGGAGGCAUCCUGGAGAGCAUGCAUUCAGGCAACCCCUUACCAUUUGCUUACUUGCCCUAUACCAGAUGCCACUAUAGAGACCUAGGCAACCUGUAACCAGGCCUUAGUUUCCUCACUUGUAAAAACUAGAUGAAUUCUUCUUGCUCUAAACCUUGGGGUCCUAUGAUACUACCCAGAAAGCUGUCCUCUCACCCAGGUGCUGACACUCCCUUCACCCUCUUUGCCCUGAUCCUGCUCUCAUCCCACCAUCUCUGAACAUGGGUGAGUUUCCCAGCCAACUUCUGACCCCCCCAACCUGCCUGCAGGUACUUGAGCAGUGAUCCUAACCCAAAGCCUUUGACCACUAGGACCCUAUCCUGACCCUCCCAGUGGGCAGCCCAGUAGCCAUGUAGCAGAAGUCUCAAGCCGUGCUGACCCCAUGGCUGGCCCUUCCCUCUCUUGGGGAAGAUGGGUCAGGGCAAUCUGAGGCCUCUUCAACGAUGGCAGGGUCAGGAACAGCUCUGGGACUGGAUCCAGGGAGUCCCACCCAGAUGCUAUCUCCCCCAGCAGUAUUAGUACUCUCUUUCCCCUCCUCCCCCACCCCUAAAGAGCAGGGGAUUCUUCUUUAUUAUACCCUGCCACCCUUGGCCCACCUCACUUCGCAUCCUCUUCAGUGACCAACUGCUUUGUGUGUUUGUUCCAUCCAGAGGAGCCAGGGCCAGUGAGUGGACUGCUAGAAGUGUUCCUUUUUUUCUUAAUUCCACCACCCCAGUCUGUUCUCAGUCCUGUUCUCCCAGUCUGGCACCUUCUGGAAUCCUAGAGUCAAAUGACUCUCCCUGCUCUUUCUACCCACUGGUAUAGUGUCCAACCAAACCCUAGUAUUUCUCUCCUUUUCCCCUUCCUUUCCCCCUCCCAAAGCAAAGCACAAAAAGCAGAGCACAUAAGGGAUGUGUCAAAGCAUCCCCCUCCCCCGGACCCAGCAGCUGCUCCCCAGGUGGCCCACCAUGACAGCCUUCAAGAGGACCAAGGACACUGGAGUGGCCAUCUCCUUGAGUCCUCUUUGGCCCUCCAUGCCAGGAACUCCCUGGGUAAACAUGAAGAUUGACAUCAUUUCUUUGAUUGUUCUCCAUGGACGAGGACCAGGCAGGGUGCUAGUGUUAGACGAGCGGAAGAGGGCCCCAGCCUCCCUUAUGGCAUCAUUGGGCUAUGCCACCUCACAGGGGAGAUGCCCAGUGCCACCAUAGAUACCCAGCCUAUUGGAAAGGAUAGAUGGUAGAGAAAUACAGUGAGAAUUAGGCUUCCUAGCUAGCUAUGGGGAAUGAUUGGUGCAACAGCCACCCCAGCUGUUUCCUUCUGGCCUCAUGCAGUGGCAUACCCAUGCCGUCCACUGUUCUUCCUUCCCUUAUUUGAUUACAGACUUUGAUAAUAUUCUUAUUCCACCACAAAGUCCAUCUGAGCUCCCUUCCCUUUAUCAGACCCAACAUAGCAGACACCUAAUACUUGUGUUGACACUCCACACACAGACACAUGUAG